AUGCCUCUAUCUGUUUUUAGGAAACUUAGCGUAGGAGAGGCUAAGGCGACUACUGUAACGCUCCAGCUGGCUGACAGAUCGUUAACAUAUCCCAGGGGAAUAAUUGAAGAUGUGCUUGUUCAGGUGGAAAAAUUCAUAUUCCCUGCGGAUUUCCUGAUCUUGGGCAUGGAAGAAGACAAGGAUAUUCCAUUGAUACUGGGCAGACCAUUUUUGCCAAUAGGAAGAUCCUUGAUCGAUGUUCAGCAUGGGCAACUGAUAUUGAGACUGGGAGAAGAGCAGAUCUCGUUUAAUGUUUUCAAGGCAAUGAAACUACCUACAAAGAUAGAUUGUUGUUUCCAGAUCGACACGAUUGACAAGGUAAUCCAAGACUCAUUUUUGCUACACAACCCAUCAGAUGCAUACGAAGCUUGCAUCGUACAUUCGCAGUCAAUGCAGUCCGAUUCAAUGGAGAUGAAAACUUGUGCAAGGUUUCUGGAUACCAACCUACCUUAUACGCGAAAAAGGCAUUUUGAGGAGCUUGGAGUAGGACCUACGAAACCACUACCAUCUAUUCAGCAGCCAUCGAAACUAGAACUCAAGCAGUUACCACCACACCUCAAAUAUACGUACUUGGGUAAAUCCUGUACACUCCCUGUGAUCAUUUCAAACACAAUUAGCGAAGUGGAAGAAGAGAAACUGCUUAGGGUACUUAGGGAAAAUAAGACAGCAAUUAGAUGGACCAUAGCAGAUAUCAAAAAAAUUAGCCCUUCACUGUGCAUGCACAAGAUUCUCAUGGAAGAGAACUUCCGGCCAACCAUAGAAAGUCAGCGAAAGUUGAAUCUAAACAUGAAGAAAGUGGUCAGAGCAAAGGUACUCAAACUUCUAGACGCUGGAAUCAUCUAUCAGAUAUCAGACAGUGCAUGGACUAGCCCAGUUCUGAUGGUGCCAAAGAAAGGAGGAAUAACGGUAGUGCCCAAUGAGAAGAAUAAGUUGAUACCAACCAGAACAGUCAUAGGAUGGAGGGUUUGUAUUGAUUACCGCAAACUCAAAGCAACAACAAGGAAAUAUCACUUUCCCUUUCCUUUUAUAGACCAAAUGUUGGAGAGAUUGGCAAGUCACUCACAUUACUGCUUCCUCAACGGGUAUUCGGGUUACAAUCAGAUACCAGUGGCACCAGACGAUCAAGAGAAAACUACAUUCACGUGCCCUUACGGUACUUUCACAUACUGCAGGAUGCCCUUCGGUCUUUACAACGCCCUUGCCACUUUUCAACGUUGUAUGAUGGCAAUUUUCUUAGACAUGGUAGAGAAAUUUAUUGAGAUAUUUAUAGAUGACUUCUCGAUCUUCGGGUCUUCGUUUGACGAGUGUUUGGAACACUUGAAUAUGGUAUUUCAAAGAUGCAAGGAAAUCAAUUUAGUAUUAAACUAG